CUCGCCCAACCAGGAAGUGAAAUCCAGCACUAUCCUUGAGUCCAGGCGGACAAAAACGUGAUAAAAAGAUCAACGGUGCAGCUGAGAUGUUGUCCAGAUUAUGAUUUCUGCUAAGAUUAAAACGUUAAUGACGUAAUCAUCAUAACGUUCAGUUUGGCGCGAACGCCGCAACGUUUACAAUGCUUUAUACAUAAACACCGCCACCAGGAUAACAGGAGAGGUGGGCAAUGUCGUCGGACAGGUGGACGUGGAGUUUGACGGGAGCGACAGUGGCCGGGGUUUCAGCGCUGUAUGUCGGCUGUGCUCCGCGCGCUGUGCCCGGUGGAGACUCAGGAGAGCUGAUCACUGCUGCUUGUGAGCUGGGGGUGGCUCAUCCUCCAGGAUAUCCUCUCUUCACUAUGAUGUCUUCUCUGAUGCUCUCGCUGCUGCCUCUCAGCUCUCCGGCACACAGUAUCAAUGUCCUUUGUGCUGUGUUUGGGGCCGGGGCGAGUGGAGCCCUCUGCUUCACUGUCUGCAGGGUGGCGGGGCCCGGUCCAGGGGCCAUCCUGGCAGGUGGAACGUUUGCAGUGUCCAGGCUGGUGUGGCAGUGGUCAGUCGUGGCUGAAGUCUUUUCACUUAACAACUUGUUUAUAGGUGUCCUCUUCUCCCUUUCAGCCUGUUUCCACUAUGCGGAGACUGUUCAGCAAAAGAAGAAGUUUGCACUAUGGGGGGCGCUGUUCUGUGGGCUGAGCCUGUGUAAUCAGCACACACUAGUACUCUAUGUUGUCGUCAUAAUUCCCUGGGCCCUCCUGCACCUCUAUGCACAUAAUGGUUUGUCCUUCUUUGAUCUGGUGUCCUUGGGGACGUGUUUUCUGGCUGGCUUUGUGCCCUACAUCUACCUGCCAGUUUCCUCCUACCUCAACAGAGCUCGCUGGAGCUGGGGAGACCAGACGUCUGUCCAUGGCCUCCUCACGCACCUGCUCCGAGCUGAAUACGGCACCUUCAGCCUGGCAAAAACAAACGAAAGCCUGAACCUUCUAGAGAUGUUACGAGCUCAGUGGAAUCACUGUGUGAAUGAUCUGACUGUCCCGGUUCUAGCUCUGGCACUUCUAGGCAUGCUACUGUCUUUGAGGAGCAGACUGCGCUGGGUUUUUGUCUGCUUGAUUGCCAUCAUGGUGAGCAUCUACUCUGUGUUCUUUGCCUGGAGAGCAAAUCUGAACAUAGAGAAGCCUCUUCUACUGGGAGUGGUGGAGCGCUUCUGGCUGCAGGCGGAUGCAGGCGUGUGUGUUCUGGCUGGUCUGGGUCUGAGUUGGGCCAUGUGUUGGUUGACUGGUCGUCUCGGCAAAGGGACGGUGUGGAACGCAGGAGCCUGGAUACUCACUGCAGUUCUCAUCUCACACAUGAUCAGCUUAAACUACAGGGAUUGUGAUCAGAGCAGUAAUGACGUGGUGGACAGGUUUGCCCGUGAGGUGGUGUUGUCUCUGCCGCAGGGCUCUCUGGUUCUGACUCGCGGUGAUUUACCAGGAAACACACUGCGCUACCAGCACUACUGCCAGAGUCUCCGGCCAGACCUCAGCCUCGUCGACCAGGAGAUGAUGACGUACAACUGGUAUGUGGCAAAACUCCAGAAGCAUCUACCAGGAGUGACAUUUCCUGGCCGCCGGUGGGAUCCAGUCAACGCUGUGGAAAAGAAAACAUUCAGCAUCGAGCAGUUACUCAAGCGUAAUAUGCACAGGCCUGUGUUUGUAUGUAUUGGUCUUACUGAGGGUGACCCCAGCUGGGAGGGGAGUUUCUCUCGUUGGCCCUGGGGCGUCUGUGAGCAGCUGUUACCUGUCAAGACCCCAUUUGACCCCGAGAAGUGGGCCCAAAAAACACACAACCUUUACAACUGGAGUGAGCCACACGACAGCUUCCACCCAGGGUCCUGGGAGCGAGUUGCCAAUGAGGAGAUGUGGCAGGCCAGGAUGAAGACAGCCUUUUUCCUGUUUGACCUGGCUGAGAAUGCGGAGAAAGACCAGCAGGCUCGCCUUUAUGAGAUUUCCUACAAGCUUUAUUGUCAAAUUGUGGAUGCCCAGGUAGACUACCCAGCAAACUGGGAUAAGAACCUGGCUCUUGCUGCAGAACGUCUACUGCAGUCAGGGGGCAGAGGUUAUGGUUUAGAUUCCCUUAUGAGUCGCAGCAUCCGCCACUUCAGCCGCUACAUUAAGAGGGAACCCAGCGAUCCCCAGAGCAAGGCCAUCCGCUCCAUCAUCACACACCUCAGGAAAGAGCGGGACAAAUUCAGAGACAGACAGAAAGGUUGAGACAGGAAGUCACAGAAUUGUCUGAAACAACGCAUAGGUGUAGAUGGCAUGAAAAGGUAAGAGGGAGAGAAACAAAUAUAUAGAACGCAUCAAAGCACAAAUUGCGACAAACAAUGUUGUGUAUUAAAAAGCACAGACAAAUUCACCAGCAGGCCAUGGUCUUUGGAAAUAUGUGCCUCAGCCUACUUUUUUUUGCAAAAAUACGUUACUCUUGGUAGGUUCCGUUGCACGUUUCAGAUGACAAGUCCACUAGAUACAUUUUUGCAAAUCUGAGAAACAUUACUUAAGUAUGUUUUGUUGUAGUUUUCAGAUACAUGUCAUUCUUGCUUGUAUAUGACCACAAGAAGGUGGGCCUUCUAGCAUAUUACUGACCUAAACCCUUGCCUAAACCCAACCAAUAGUGUUUAAAAAAGCAAAUGUAAGAGAAAAGUGCACAUUGUUUGUAUAUCUUUUGUGGAAUGGUGCUUCAGCAUACCUGAAUCCUAGAGCCUGCAUCACAAGUACAGCACCAUACAGAGUGAGAUACUGAGCAAACUGACCACACUAGAGACAUUGUUGAUAUGAAGAUAAAAGAUUAGGCAAACUUAUUUAAUUUUCAAUCAUAGACAAAGUUUUGUGGUAUAUAUUUGCUGUUGUGUAAAGAACUGCACAAAAAUAGUUCUUUAUUCAUUGAUAAUGUGUCUCUGUAAAUAACAUUUGUGUGAAAAGGAAAAAAAGCUGUUGCCAUCGUAGUUGAGCCCCAUAGCAGUCUUUUUAGCUAGAACAUGCAGCCAAAUGUAUUUUCCAGUGAGCCCCUCUUGAAUAUGCUUGUUUUUAUGCUGGGAUCUUUUAUAAUGUACAAUAUAAGCUACUAAUACAAAACCA